ACCACUAUUAUUGCAGAUCAGCGGGGUGGACAAAAAAUCAUGGAGGAGGUUCCCGAGCUUUUGACGCACCCCCCAGCCGCCAUCGGGAUUGGCUCGGAAGCCGGCGAAUAGCUGGUCUCUACCUCAGACCCACGUGCAAUUCAAAAGGUUACCCGCAUCUUGAUCGCCUUGCUUUCAUCCUCUCCGCUGCGCAGAAGCGGGGAAGCAUCAACCGGCAGAUAGAUCGGAAUUGCUCACACAGCUACCUUUUUACUCCUGAAACAAAAGCAAUAAUUUUUUGUAUGGAAACAAACAACUGUUAUACCGUAUAUUCCUGUGAUUAUCAAUUGGUGAAUGAACAUACGUAUGACAUUAUAAUCGAUAUGAGCUCAUUUUGGAGGAACAAAGUCUAGUGAGUGCCAAGGAAAACAUUUCGCAAUGAACUUCUUUGACGCAAUGCUUUUGAAGCAAAAAACUUAAUUAUAUGUCUUCUUAAAUGAUGUGUACUUAAGGGAUAAAAGACAUCGAUUCUGCUUAUGUAAAAAUAAUUGGAAAGUUUUUCUAAAACAGCUCAGAUUAGGUUUUUUUUCCUUUCUAAUUUAAUUUCAUGUUUAAUUCUUUCUGCAUGAAAUAAUUCAGUUUUAAAUUUUUUAAAGUACUGAGUGAUAAUUCACUGAUUAAUUGCAGUAAAAAAAAUUCCUAUAAAAGGAAAAAUACAUCCAUGAAGUAACCGAUUUCUAUAAAAAUUGGCGCAAUUUAUUCACACAUUUCCAGAAAUUUAAAUCAUCUUGAAGAAGAAAUAUAAAGCAAUGACAAUCUACUGUUAAAUUAUAACUCAUAAAUAGUAGUGAAAGCAAAUAAAUUUUUAAUUAAGCUCAGAAGAAAUUAAAGAACAAGCAUAUAAAACUUUAUAUUUACAUGAUCUUCAGCUGAUUACUUCAAGAAAGACUAACAGCAAGAUAAUAUUAACAAUGUAAAACCACGGGGAACUGUAUAAUUUGCAACUGGCCAUCAUGUCAAGCGUUAAAAUUGAUGAACCUAGUUCCAAAUCUUCUCCCUCUCCAGCUUCUCCGGACAGUCGAGAUCCUGCCGAUCCAUCAGCAACCGUUGUACCAUCCAACAAAGUACCAUCCAUGGGACUUAUGUCCGAAGAGGCAAAGCCUCGAUUAUCAGCUUUUACACCUGUGUCUGCUGGUCAUCAAAUUCCCAAUCUCCCUGGACUCACACCUUCUUUGGUAGGACUAUCCGAAUAUCUAAACUCAAGAAUGUUGCCCUUCGCCAAGUUUGCAGACUUGGCAGCCAAAUCUCAAGCUGAAAGUUCUAGUCUAUUAGCAGGAAGGUCAUCUGUUGUUGGAGGUUCCAGCACUGAAGGAUCUGCGGCAGCAGCAGACAAUUUUCCUCCGGUGUUUCGUCCUAUGUUUCCACCCGGCGGACUCUUUCCUGGAGCUGAUACAGCUCUGAUCUACAGAGGUCUUGGAGAGUUUCCAUUGGCACCCACUGGCUUACCAGCUUUUUUCCAUAGGAGGCGGCGUAAGGACGGUCGCCAGAGACGUCAAAGAACUACAUUUACCAGUGAACAAACCCUUCGGCUGGAGAUGGAAUACCACCGAAAUGAGUACAUCAGCCGGCCCAGAAGGUUUGAGCUGGCCGAAUCACUAGACCUCACAGAAACUCAGAUCAAAAUUUGGUUCCAGAACCGCAGAGCCAAAGACAAGAGGAUAGAGAAAGCUCAAAUGGAUCAACAAUUUAGGUGCAUGGCGUUGGCUAAUUCUUUGGGCUCCUUGUAUGCUCCGCCCACUUCUAAUUCCGGUGUGUGUCCCUCGUUCUGUGGGACAUGCUACUACAAGCCUGGAACAUCACCUCUACUCAGUUCGAGCUCUGCAACACAAUCGUCUAUGUUGGCUUCGAGGUUUUAAGUCAGGCAAUCAAAACAUUUCAUUACCUGCUCUCUACAGAAUUGUUAAAAAUGUGGAUGGUGCGAACAAAAUCCUAGCGUAGAGUAGUUUAAGGAAAACGCUAGGUCGCAGUAACUAAAAAGACAAAGAAACAUAUCCUAUGUAUACCUACGUAGGUAUUCCAUAGACUUAAACAUUUGGGAAGAUGUAUUCUUCAUUCUCUUCCCUGCAUUCCUACAACGGAAAGACAUAAAACGAGAUUGUUGAAAAUUGUAUAUACAUGUGCAUAUAACUUUAAUAAUUUUGUCACUUUCUUUCUGUUCCCCUGAAAAGUGUAUACAAAUCUCAUAGAAAUGGAACAUUAUGAAUUUGAUGAUUUCAAAUCGUAUUUAGAUUUAGUUAUCAUUGCAGUAUGAGUAAUUUAAAUUACUUGACAUUGAAUGCACUGUGAAUUAAUUAUGAUGUAUGCAAAAAUGUUUGAAUUAUUUCUGACUUCUGCUUUAUAAGUUGAAGUAUUUGAAUUGAUUUCUUAAAAAAUUAUUAUAGAAAUUAAUAACAAUCCUACACUUAUUUUGAAAAGAUACUGAAAUUUCAGUCUAGUCUUCUACUGGAACAGGGCGUAGUACUGAGAAGCUAUUGCUACUAAUGAAUGCUUAUUUCAUUUCUAAAUACAAAACUAAUAUUUGUCACUUUUAAUUAUAAUCAUCGUAUCAUCACUUUCCUUAGUAGACCCUAUUAGAGUGAAUAUUGAGUUGCAGGAAAUGAAGUAAUAAUUUAUUAUCUUUAAAAAUUAUUCAAAGUACAAAUGUUAAUUUGCAGUAAAGAUUUUUGUAAAUAAAUAAUUCAGAUCUGAUGUAAAAUUAGACACUCAUUUUAUAGAGAUUUUUUUUUUAAGAAUUAUUUCAGAAAGAAGGGGAUUUCUUUCUAUUUACUUUUUAAAGAUUAUGUUACUAAAGAACAGAACUAACAUCUCUAUUAACAAAUCUAAAUAGAAGAUUUGUACUGUUAUUUGCCUUUCUUCUUCGAAACAGAACUGAAAAAUGCUCUAAUCACAAGUGAAAUUAAAAAUUACGAUUCUGAAAAACUAAUGAUUUUUCUGAUAUAUAUAUGUAUAUAUAUAUAAUUUCUGAAAUCUUUAUUGCAUUUCAUAUGCACCUGAAAACAGUUGCAAGUAAUUCUGAGAAAUAUAUUAACUAAAUAUAAUAGAUACGCGUAUAUUAUACCUUACAGUCUUAUUGAAUUUCUUUAAAGCGCACAGUUAUUUUUACAUUAUCGCAUUGCAGUAUCUUUUAAAAAAAUAAAUUGCAAUUUUAUUACACAGUUUUUGUGCUAAUAAUGCUAUUUAUUAAAAAUUUUUAAUGUACACCAGAUUCAUUAGAUUUUCACAAAUUCAUUGCUUUACGUACUGUCGUAAGUAAACACAUAAUGAUUACUACUACUGAUAUUUAAAGCCAAAUUCAUAUUCGAAAUCCUCAAUUGAAAGUCCUUUAAGUUCAUAAUUACUAAUAUUUUUGCAAAAUCUGAUUUUUUAUAUAAUUUUAAUAGUGUAUUAGUUUAAUUAAUCUUAAUUUCAAAAUGUAGUAACGAAACAAUUACUUUGAAUAACAUAUAUUGGAUCCGGAAUUUUUACUCGAAAAAUUAAAAUUUUAUUGAAUUUUGAAUUGUUUGGCUAAAUGUGUGAUGUAAUUUGAACUGCUGCAUGUGUAUCUCGAACUUCUUUUGUGUCAAAUAAGCAUACUCUUUAAACUCAAAUUUAAAAUACGAUGCCUAUUGCAAAAUAUAAUUUUCAGUUCAUAAUAUGAUAAUAUAAUACAGAAAAAUGCAAUAGAACCUCAAGUAGAUAAAUUAUAAAAAUAUAUAUAAAGAGCACAAAAACUGCUAUUAAAUUGUAAGUAUUUAAAACAUUUAUUUAUAACCAACAUUUUCUUCCCACAUGCAUGAUAAUUAUACCUACGUUUAAACUAUUUGCUACAAGUACUUCAUAUAAAUUUUAUGAUACUUAUUUAUUUUUUAUCUAAUAUUACAAAGCUAUGUCUUUUGUUACUUGCACAUGCAGCUGAAGCAUGAUAUCCUUUCAUUUAAUUCUUUAAUUUAAUUCAAACUAAUUCCGAAUUUAAUUGAAAUUCUACUCUUUUACCGAGCUGAAGUACACAUAAAUCUCCUAGUACACAUUUUAAUCUGAAAGUGAAUUUUAAACUUUAUUUAUUUAAAAUAAAAUUUAAAAAAAUCCUUAAAUACUUAUAAUUCGAUGAGUAAUUUUUAAUAAUAAAAAAUUUUACAUUUAAGUACCGGUAGCAUAAUUUGCAAGCAGUACUAUUUGCUCCUAGAGAAUUACUAAUAAUGUAUUUUUUACUUAUUUAUUACGUGCUUCUCCCUUCGGCACUAUACGGAAAGGGAGGGACGUCCCGUGGAGAACGUUUUAAGGGAAACUAGCUCGUAUCCACGUUAUACAAGAAGAAAACCACGGAAACCCCCAAGCAGCCAGCCGUUCGCAGGGAUUCGAGCCCCGGACCGAUCUACCAGUGUUCAGUGGCUUUUACCGCUCGACCGCUGGUAGGCAUAAUAAUGCAUUUUAAAUUUACGCUUUGAAAAGUAAAUUCUUAGAUAAAGCAAUGCGAUAAUGGGAAUAAAGGCAUAAACUGUACUGUUUCAUUUUUUGUUUUAUUGUGUAAGAACAAAUAGUGCUAACUUAUAUGAAAUGAAUGAAUGAUUUGUAAAUGCAUCUGAUACGUAACUAUAGAAUAAAUAAAUAAAUGAUA